UAAAGAUUAUAGUAGCCUCUGUGCUUCACAUGUGCCAAUCACAACGUAUUUGUUUGGAGAUAACCUCCAAAAACAGCUCAAUGACAUCCGAGCUUCCAACAAAAUUAGUAAAGUAACAGUGCCACAUCAGUUUGAUAAACCCAAACCAUAUGGCCGCCACUUGGGUGCUACUAACUCCAGCUCAGGAAGUAAGGCAACAAGGGGGCAUUUUUUGUCCCACAGCCGUCAGUGGAAACAGCACCCACAAAGAUCCAGUUUUCAAACCAAGAAGAACCGAGCACCCAAGCAUCAACAGAACUAAUGACUAUGGAGAAAGAAAGAAAGGUGACAGUUUUAAAAAAUUUACAGCCAGGUCCUACAAAAGAUCCAAAAGGAAGAAUCCGAGGGCCUAGUUGUUAUACCCAAAUGGCCAACCCAAUCUUGGUGGCCAGUGGCAAUCCGAAUGCUGAUACAGUCACCCAUCAUACUUCCCAGCACAACAUCAACAUUGCACCUCCCAAGCAACCCAUUGGAGAAACACCCUCUCCACGAGAAAAUAGUCCUACUUGUGUGUCACUUAUCAGGGAACAGUUUGAAAACAGAGGCCUUUCGACAACAGCUAAAGAAGUCCUUGAAGCAGCAUGGAGAACAGGUACGCGAAAACAAUAUGAAGGAUACUUGGGAAAAUGGAAACAAUAUUGUAGUGAACAGAAUAUCAAUCCCUUUGCACCCACUGUUGAAGAAGGGAUAAAUUUUCUCGCAGACUUGUUUAAAAAGGGCCUUGGUUACAGUGCAUUGAAUACAGCACGUAGUGCUCUGUCCUCUAUCAUACUUUUAUCAAAUAACACCAACUUUGGAACACACCCGAUGGUUUGUCGUUUCCUGAAAGGGUAUUUGAAAGUCGACCAUCCUUACCAAGGCACAAUGAUAUUUGGGAUGUUCGAAUAGUAUUAGACUACCUACGAACUCUUCAGCCAACCAGAAAUUUAACCCUCAAAACGUUGACGCAAAAACUGGUCAUGAUUCUUGCUCUUACUUCGGCACAGAGGUGUCAAACUCUUAAAGCCUUGUCACUUGACAGUAUGUCGUGCGCAGACGGGAAAUAUGUGUUCCAUUUUGAAAGACUGUUAAAAACAUCUAGACCCGGAAAUCACCUGGCGCCCCUAAUGGUUAAACCAUAUCAGCCAGAUCCCACGCUUUGCAUAUUCAAGCUUCUAACAGAGUAUAU